AUGAGUGACCAAAUCGACGAAGAUUUCAAAACACCCACCACAACCAUGGCAGAAACCGACGACAAACCACCGCAACCCUCCCCUUCCAUCUCCAAAUCUCCGGUGACCUUCGCCAUCUGGCCCCCCUCCCAACGCACCCGCGACGCCGUCACCAAACGCCUCCUCGAGACGCUCUCCUCCCCCUCCGUCCUCUCCAAGCGCUACGGCACGCUUCCCGAGGAAGAAGCGCAAGUGAUCGCCGCCAAGAUCGAGGGCGAGGCGUUCGCCACCGCCUCCGCCGCCGCGUCGCCCGAUGACGACGGGAUUGAGAUUCUCCAGGGCUAUUCCAAGGAGAUUAGUAAGAGAAUGCUGGAGACUGUGAAGGCGAGAUCUGCGGAAUCGCAGGCUUCGAAUGAGGUGGAGAGUGGGGGAGAUGCGAGUGCUGACACUAAUUAA